AUGACGAGUUCAAUUAUACAAUUCUUGGCUUUAGAAAAACUGAUCGGGGAUAACUAUGUCACAUGGAAAUCGAAUUUGAACACAAUACUUACGAUAGACGAUUUGAGAUUUAUCUUAACAGAGGAAUGUCCUCCCAUUCCUAGCUCUAAUUCCAACCAAAUUGUUUGGGAAGCAUUUGAUAGAUGGAUCCGGGCGAAUGAUAAAGCUCGUGCUUAUAUUCUUGCCAGCCUUUCUAACGUUUUAGUGAAAAAACACGAGGAUAUGAGUACUGCCAAAGAGAUUAUGGAAUCUUUGAGAGGGAUGUAUGGACAACCAUCUUUCAUCCUGAGGCAUGAUGCUAUCAAAUACGUUUGCAAUAGUCGUAUGAAAGAGGAGACCAAUGCUUUCCAGACCAUGUUGAGAACUAAGGGUCUAGAACCAAAAGUAAAUGUUGCUUCUGUUGAGAAAAGAGGAAUGUCCACUAAGCCUAAUGUUGCCUCCUCUUCGUAG